AUAUCUUCCUGAUUCUUAUUACGUUCUUGGUCUGCCAUCUGAUCGGGUUAAUCUCAUCAUUGGUGUUUCCAUUGAGAGUAUACUGUGAGAUAAGGCUGUGAGAUUAUGGCCGGACGAAGGACGAGACGUAACACUGCUGCUUCCGCCCAGUCGACGGUGAGGAGUGACAACCCUGAGCAGGGUAUGAUCGUUCUUGUCAAUGGGGUGGAAACGGCAUUGAAUAAUGUGGCUAACAUGAUGGCCAACAUUAUGGAACGAUUGGAUAAGGCUCUUCCAGGUCCAUCCGGUAUCCGGGACGUCCCUGCCGGGCAACCCCGUCAGGUGCUGCGUACCGCGAGUUUUCCUAUCCUCCAGGAGCUUCAUGAUCCGGAAGAGGUUGAGAGGGAGAAACGAGCCAUUGCCAGACGCCGGGCAAAGGAGUUGGCCCGGAAUAGUAAAGUGAAUGAGGACCGGGCCAAGGAUGCAAGCCGGAUCGUCGGCGAUGGAAACGAAAACCUGCGGGGAUCCGUCUUUGAAAGGAUAUCUCGCCAGAAGGCCCACGUUAGUGAGAGGCUGGGGAAGAAUCCGGAUAAGGCACCCCAGGGUUGGAUACGACCCCAGGCCAGCCAGGUGGCAUCUUCCAAUCGCGAACCCCGGCAGCAGAACGGCCGUGGCGCGAGCCAAGUGCUGGUCCGGUCAUUGAGGAAUCUGGAGGAGGACGAGGUUCAAAGCCAAGCCAGGGUCCCAGCACAACGGCGUCUGGGGCCGCCGGUGCCGGAAGCUGGUGAAUUCCAAGAUCUGAGGCAGCAGAUCCAGGAGAUGCAGAGGAAGAUAAACAAGGGUCGAGUAUUCACUACCCACGCUAGUGACGCACUCAUGUGCCGGUGCUUCUUGCAGACCGUUGACAGCAAGGUCGCGGAUUGGGUCAACCAUAUCCCUGCCGGAUCGAUCCGGACAUGGGAUGAAUUGGGAUUACGGUUCCUAGAGCAUUUCGCCGGGAACUGCCGUCCCAAAAAGCAUUUCACUCACUUGGCUUCGGUGCGACAGAAGCAUGGAGAAUCCUUGAAGAAUUUCCUUAUCCGAUGGAGGAAAGAGUCCAGGGAGGUUGAAGGAACCGAUGAUAAAUCCAGGUUGGCUAUGUUCACAGCGGCAUUACAGGAUGGACUCCUUCACACUGAUCUUACUACUCAUCCCCUGGAUACCUUCGAAGAAGCAAUGGUCCGGGCGGGGAGGUAUGUGACCCUGGAAGAAAGGAAGGAGGAGAAGAAAGAGAAGACUCCUAAAGAAGAAGAGAAGACUGGAAAUAAGAAGCCGUUUAAAAACAAGAAGCAGGGCUUCUCGGAUGGCCCAAAGGGCACAAGUCCUGGAACCUCGGAGAAGCACAAAUCUGCCAAUCCAGUCUUCACAUUGCUGGUGGCUGAGGUCAUGGCCCACGCUGCACAGCAGGGACUCAUGACUUAUCCAACUCAUUCUCAAAAGAAUGGAAAGCGUAGAGAUAAAGAAGUGGCCCAGGCUGAGGCCCGGGAGAAACGCCACAUUGGGCUUGAAGACGAAGAGGAGGAUUCGGAACCCGCACCGCAUCGCCAGAAGAGACACCACGGGUGUAACUUCAUCAUUGGAGGGAAUACUGGCGGAGACUCAGCCACAAGCCGGAAGAAGUGGGCUAACGCGGCGAUGGUCAACAAGGUGCUGGUCCCAGAAGGUAAGAAGCUGAAAACCGAGCCAAUUGUAUUUUCUAAUGCUGAUCUCCCAGAAACAAGGGUCCCCCAUAGGGAUGCCCUAGUGAUUACUAUUGAUAUAAUGGACUUACUGAUCCAUAAAACCCUUGUGGAUACGGGAAGCUCUGUUAAUAUCAUGUAUAUGGAUACGUACAAGGCUCUUGGUUUGACAAGGGAUGAAUUGUCACCCAUCAAGACUCCGCUGACCGGGUUCACCGGUGAUUCUAUUGAACCGGAGGGGGUGAUAACCCUCCCGGUUGAGAUAGGGGAUACUAAGGCUACCCGGAAGUUGGACAUGGAGUUUGUUGUGGUGGGGAUAAUCUCCAACACAAACAUUAUCCUGGGCAGACCCGGAUUGGAAGAUUUGGAGUGUGUCAUCUCGCCUUGUCACCUAUGCAUAAAAUUCCCAACCCCCCACGGAGUUGGAAUUGCCAGGGGAUCUCAGAGAGUGUCCCGGGCAUGGGAAGAGCAUGGGGCCCAGCAUCCGGUCUAUUACGUCAGCAAGACCCUGAGAGAUGCGGAGCUAAGGUAUUCCCGUCCAGAGAAGGCCAUGUUAGCGGUCUUCUGGACAGCGAAGAGAUUAACUCCGUACUUUCAGGCUCACCAGAUUGUUGUGCUCACGAAUGAGCCUUUGGCGUCACUUGCCAGGAGCCCGGCGGCAUCUGCCCGGAUGACCAAGUGGGCAGUCUUCAUCAGUCGGUAUAAUGUGGAGUUCAGGCCGCGCCCAUCGAUCAAGGGGCAGGCACUCGCCGACUUUCAAGUCGAGUGCACCGCCAGGGAGAUGACAAGAGCCCAAAUUGAAACCCGGGUGGAAAAUGACUGGUGGGUGAUGAGCAUCGAUGGAUCUUCUGGAGCUCGAUCUUGCGGAGCAGGUAUCGUCUUGAUCACUCCAGAACAUUUCUGGAUUUAUUACGCUAUCAGAUUUCAAUUCUGUAACGCGGAAGCUGAUGUUCUAUCCAAGCUCAGCGCAGAAUCACCAGAAUACAUAAGCAAAUUAGCAACCGUCGAGGAGCUGGCAACCCCGAGUCUUAACAGAAGUGAGGUGAUCUGGGUAUCAGCUGAUCCCCCAGAAUGGCUGGACAGGUUGGCCAAAUACAUUGAGGACGGUGAAGCCCCGGAGGAUCCCCAAGAAGCACGUCUGUUGCGAAUGAGGGCACCUACCUACCAGGUACAGGAUGGAGUCCUCUAUAAGCGAUCUUACAACGGUGUUUUACUCCGUUGCCUCAGGGCAGCAGAGGCAAAGGCACUAAUGGAAGAAAUACAUGAAGGAGUAUGUGCCGCACAUCAGGGUCCUUACUCCAUCUCUAGAAGGGCUAUUAUCCAAGGAUACUUCUGGCCAACAAUGAGGAAGGAUUGCAAAGAGUAUGUACGCAAGUGCCCGACCUGCCAACAAUUCCAGAAUAUACCCGGGAGGCCGGCCACGAAUUACACGCCCAUCAGUUCUGUGAUUCCCUUCUCAAGAUGGGGGAUUGAUAUCGUGGGAGCCCUGCCGAAAGGAGCUGGGCAGGCAAGGUGGAUUGUGGUGGCAAUAGACUAUUUCACCAAGUGGGUGGAAGCUGAGCCACUUGCUGGGAUCACCGAAAGGCAGAUGAUCGACUUCGUCGGAACAAAUAUACUCUGCAGGUUUGGGGUCCCGAGGCAUAUCAUAUCUGACAAUGGAACCGAGUUUGAGGAAGCAGAGUUUCAAGACUUCCUCAAAACUUAGGGAAUUCAGCAUACAAAGGUUGAGUUGUUCUUGAGCGUACUUAGUUUACUCAUAAUCUACUCUACAAGAGAGUCUCGUUCUUGAGUGUACUUGUGUUCUUAGACACGUUGAGAGAAAGUAUUUCUCUCGUUGAUUCAAAGGAAGGUCUGUUUCCUUUGAAGGAUUCGUUGAGGUUCGUGUGACUCGAACUCUCAAGUUGUAACGGUUUGUUAAGCACCCGCAAGCUUAACGAGAUAGUAG